UCCACGCAGCCGGGGGAAGGCGGCUGGCCACAGUCCGCGGAGCCCUAAGCUCACAAAGCCCGCGACUGCCGCCUGGCCUCGGAGCCCGCCGACGACUUUGCCGCCUGCUCCGUGGCUCUUUGUCUCCUCUUGGGGCGGGCGCCCGAUUCUGGGAUUUCGGUGUGAAAGCGAGCUGGGGGGGCCGGGGACGAGCUCUCGGUUUCCCGGCCGCCCCCCGCUCGGGCUUGGCUACCCCCUCCCCCGCACCUCCCCGACCCGGGCUUUCGGCACUUCCAAGCUCUCGGAAUCACGACCCCUCCCUGCCAUGUAUCCGCAAGGCAGACAUCCGGCUCCCCAUCAACCCGGGCAGCCGGGAUUUAAAUUCACGGUGGCUGAGUCCUGUGACAGGAUCAAAGACGAAUUCCAGUUCCUACAAGCCCAAUAUCACAGCCUCAAAGUGGAGUACGACAAGCUGGCGAACGAGAAGACGGAGAUGCAGCGCCAUUAUGUGAUGUACUAUGAAAUGUCCUAUGGCUUGAACAUUGAAAUGCACAAGCAGACAGAGAUUGCAAAGAGACUGAACACGAUUUUAGCACAGAUAAUGCCUUUCCUGUCACAAGAGCACCAGCAGCAGGUGGCACAGGCCGUAGAACGUGCCAAGCAGGUCACCAUGACGGAGCUGAACGCCAUCAUCGGGGUACGUGGACUCCCCAAUCUGCCUCUCACCCAGCAGCAGCUACAGGCGCAGCACCUCUCCCACGCCACGCAUGGUCCCCCGGUCCAGUUGCCGCCCCAUCCGUCAGGCCUCCAGCCUCCAGGGAUCCCCCCUGUUACGGGGAGCAGUUCGGGGUUGCUGGCGUUGGGUGCCCUGGGCAGCCAGGCCCACCUGACAGUGAAGGACGAGAAGAACCACCAUGAGCUGGACCACAGAGAGAGAGAAUCCAGUGCGAAUAACUCGGUGUCGCCUUCAGAAAGCCUCCGGGCCAGUGAGAAGCACCGGGGCUCAGCUGACUACAGCAUGGAAGCCAAGAAGCGGAAAGCAGAGGAGAAGGACAGCCUGAGUCGAUAUGACAGUGAUGGAGACAAGAGUGAUGACCUCGUGGUGGACGUUUCCAAUGAGGACCCUGCAACUCCCCGGGUCAGCCCCGCACACUCCCCUCCUGAAAAUGGGCUGGACAAGACCCGGGGCCUGAAAAAGGACGCCCCCACCAGCCCUGCCUCCGUGGCCUCCUCAAGCAGCACACCUUCUUCCAAGACCAAAGAUCUUGGUCAUAAUGACAAAUCCUCUACCCCCGGACUCAAGUCCAACACACCAACUCCAAGGAAUGAUGCCCCCACUCCAGGCACCAGCACGACCCCAGGGCUCCGGUCAAUGCCGGGUAAACCUCCAGGCAUGGACCCGAUAGGUAUAAUGGCCUCGGCCCUGCGCACGCCCAUCUCCAUCACCAGCUCCUACCCGGCGCCCUUUGCCAUGAUGAGCCACCACGAGAUGAACGGCUCGCUCACCAGCCCCAGCGCCUACGCCAGCCUGCACAACAUCCCGCCCCAGAUGAGUGCCGCCGCCGCCGCUGCCGCCGCCGCCUACGGCCGAUCGCCAAUGGUGAGCUUUGGAGCUGUUGGCUUUGACCCUCACCCCCCAAUGCGGGCCACGGGCCUGCCGUCAAGCCUUGCCUCCAUUCCUGGUGGAAAGCCUGCGUACUCUUUCCACGUGAGUGCCGACGGGCAGAUGCAGCCAGUGCCCUUUCCCCACGACGCCCUGGCAGGCCCCGGCAUCCCGAGGCAUGCCCGACAGAUCAACACGCUCAGCCACGGGGAGGUGGUGUGUGCCGUGACCAUCAGCAACCCCACGCGGCACGUCUACACAGGCGGCAAGGGCUGUGUGAAGAUCUGGGACAUCAGCCAGCCGGGCAGCAAGAGCCCCAUCUCCCAGUUGGACUGCUUGAACAGGGACAACUAUAUCCGCUCCUGUAAGCUGCUCCCUGACGGGCGCACACUCAUUGUGGGCGGCGAAGCCAGCACACUCACCAUCUGGGACCUGGCCUCUCCCACACCCCGCAUCAAGGCCGAGCUGACGUCCUCGGCCCCCGCCUGCUACGCUCUGGCCAUCAGCCCCGACGCCAAAGUCUGCUUCUCGUGCUGCAGCGACGGGAAUAUCGCUGUGUGGGAUCUGCACAACCAGACCCUGGUCAGGCAGUUUCAGGGCCACACAGACGGGGCCAGCUGUAUAGACAUUUCCCAUGACGGUACCAAGCUGUGGACGGGGGGUCUGGACAACACCGUGCGCUCCUGGGACCUGCGAGAGGGUCGGCAGCUGCAGCAGCACGACUUCACUUCUCAGAUCUUCUCUCUGGGUUACUGCCCCACUGGGGAGUGGCUGGCCGUGGGCAUGGAGAGCAGCAAUGUGGAGGUGCUACAUCAUACCAAGCCCGACAAGUACCAGCUACACCUGCACGAGAGCUGUGUCCUCUCCCUCAAGUUCGCCUACUGUGGCAAGUGGUUUGUGAGCACUGGGAAAGAUAACCUUCUCAACGCCUGGAGGACCCCGUAUGGAGCCAGCAUAUUCCAGUCUAAGGAAUCCUCAUCUGUCUUGAGUUGUGACAUUUCGGCGGAUGACAAAUAUAUUGUAACAGGCUCUGGUGACAAGAAGGCCACGGUUUAUGAGGUCAUCUACUAAACAAGGACUCUAACAGGGCUGUCAGACUCUGGGAGAAACAGACUCGGCUGUGACAGGGAGACCCCCGUUAGGGGGCCCCGAGGACGGCGGAGGGCGGGCGGCGAGCAGCCCAGCGUCCAGGCUGAGCUCGGCUGGCUGUGAGGGCGCGUGCCCCGUCACGGUCCCGACUCCUGGGCAUGGAUUGAUGUGUUUCGCAGACUCGGCGGGCUUCUCUUCUCCGCCUCCCCGUAACAAUCCUGGCAGAUGUUACAAAUAGAUUUAUUUGGAGGCUCCUGGCUCCAGUUCCCUAGACCCCUUCGUGACUCUCUCCUCUCCCUCUCCUUUCUUCUGACCUGUAUCCUUCCCCUGGGUCGGGGACACUGGAGUGGACCACAGUUUCUUUGUGUUUUUUUUGUUUUUUUUUUUUGUGCUGGGGGAGGGAGGGAUCUCAUUUUCCCAGUUGUGCAGCGCACAAGAUUUGUGAAAAGUGUAAAUAACAGACUCCUAUCUUGGACUGGUCAGUGGGGGAGGCCCCCCACUUCCCACCAGACACGCUAGCUGUGUAUUUCGCCUGCUGUAUUUGUAAUCCACUCGUGGUGGUGGUCUUUUGUUUUGUUUUUAUGAAACAGGUUCCCAUCUGGGGAAGGGAAGUACAGGGAGGGACAGACAAACGGAGAGGGGGUACGAGGGGAGGAAAAUCUCGGGGUUGAGGAAGAAAUGCAGGUGGCCUCCAGAUGGACCAUCAGAUGCCCCGGGAACCAGCCUCUGCGGACUUGGGACUUGUCCAGACAUGUCAGGUUAUACGCCAGACAGACGAUGGACAGACAGUACUUGGGAUGGGCCAGUGGGGCUGCUGUGAACAGAAGCACAGGCUCUCUGUGCGCCUUGUCCGCCUUCCACCCCUCCUCGCCCUCUCUCAGGUGUUUGCUGUGUUCGCUCUCACUCCGUCCCUCCGCCUGGGCCUAUCUUUGGUGCACACGUGGUUAUCCUGACGAGCAGUGGACGUUCAAGGCGACUCCCUCUCCUUCCCUUCUUAAAUCUUGGACACAGCCUAUAAAAAGGAUAAAAAGUUAGAGGAAAAGCAUAGCAACUCAGCUCAGGGAGCUACAGAGAAAAAUAGAAACUGAUGUGGGUGCUUUUUUUUUUUUAUUUGAAUAAAAAGAAUUAGAAGUGAUGUCUUUUUAUAAAAUAAAUGCCUUCUCCUCUUUGCUGCGAUGACCCCUUACUCUCUUCCCUAGAAGGGGGUGGUGUAUACUUAACCUGCGAGCUCGCAGGGCUUAGGGGACAGGGCCCGACCCGACACUCUGGUGACCUCUUAAAGCCUUUGGGGUUAGGAACCCAACAGGUUAUGGUAGGCUGUCGUCGCCUGUGCGUGCCACUUUUCGGCACCCAAGUGUUCUGAGGUAUUAAGAUUUGGGUUGUUUUCUUUUGGUCUUUUAUUUUUUUUCUUCCUUUAAGGAAAAGCUAAAGGCCGUUGUGAGUCCUGGUGGUGGGCUCUCUGUGGAUGUAGCAUAUGGAAGAUAAUUUUUAUACUGCAUUUUUAUGGAUUAUUUUAUAACGUGUGAUUCUGUCUGAGAGAAGGAAGGGGGCGUCCCGUGAAAACUGCCCAGUUUAAAUGAUCUUGCUCCCCAGUAAGCAGGUCCCCUUGAUGUGAGUGAGAGCCAAGGUGCCCUGAACCUUUCUGAGGUGGGGGGCGGGGUGUUUGGAGUCUCCCCCUCACUCUCUCCCUCCCUUUCCCUUCCCCCCUCCGGAUCUCUGAUGGUCAUCUGCCACCUUGCGUUAAGGCUUUAGCCACAAGGGAGGGCAAGGGUAGAAGAAAACUGAUUCCUGAAGAAAAAAAAAAAAUGAAAAGUCAUUGUA